CACAGAACACAACAUGUGUCUGAUCCUACCAGACGAGACCACCGCAGAGCCUUCACAUGAGACUCUGCUUAUCUGGGAGAAGUCUGCAUCCACUGUGCUAUAAAAGGCAGGACUGGCAGAAGGACAGACAGAGGCUCUGCACGUCUCACUCAGCUGUGGUGCAAGAUGGCAAAAGUUCUUCUCAUAUCUGUUCUGCUCGUUUUCAUGACUUGGUGCGGCACGCAUGGCAAUGAAGGUGCGUUCUCCUUCCACAUGGAUGACGUAAUCCGAAUCGUGGAGGACCUGGAGCGUUUGAACCCGGAGCUGGAGAUCCUCGAUGCUGUGGAGCUCCUACGCUCAGCGGGACGCUACGACAGCGCGUACCUUCGACUCCUGCUGGGAGACGGGACGAGGGGUGACCGCAAGCCUGUGCCUUCAGAGCUGAGCCAGGAUCAAACACACUUCAUCAGCAGCCUUCUUAACCAUGAGGUCUCGGGGGCCAGGGAGGGAGGGGUGGUCUUGACUCCAGAUGGCACUUCGGUGGCUGUCGCCCCUCUUCUCAUUGGCAUAGAGGCCGGGCUGAAACGGAAGAGGAUUGCCCUUGAAAAAGUAGAUGUCCUGUACGCAGCGUCCCUGGCGAAAAAUUUAGCCUUGUCCUUCGUCGGUCACCACAGGAGGCAGAACAGCGAGCGUCUGGGGCCGGACGGCUGCUGGGAUAACGUGAAGACGCCCCAGGUUUUUACCCUGAUGGGGGACCCUUCUCCAGCCACCGACGCGCUUAUUAACGGAGCGCUGGAUGGCGUGAUUUUGGGGGACCAGCUUUCGAAAGAGGGCAAGCCCCCCGUACUGAGCGCCCUGCUGAAGAGGUAUUAUCGGUACGGGGCUGAGGCAGCAGCAGGAAGCUCUCCCGGACUGCAGAGUCGUUUUAGACGAAGGAAUUUCGCAGCGCUGGUCAGUAUGCCGGUCCUGCAGAAGCAGACAGUGAAUUCCCUUAUUCUGUACCGGGAGAUCAGCAGCCUGCUGCCCCUGAGAGACAUCGAGGGGAUCGUAAGAGAAGGGCUGCAGGAUUUCCAGCAGAGGUACCUUGACUGCCCCCCGGUGAUCCCACGAUGUAUGUGGGGGGCUCAGCCGUACCGGGGUACCCCCACAAACCUGACGCUGCCCCUGAGCUUCCUGUACAUCCACCACACUCACCAGCCAGCCCAGCCCUGCACAAGCUUCAGCCAGUGCGCUGCCGACAUGAGGAGCAUGCAGCGCUUCCACCAGGAGGACCGCGGCUGGGACGACAUCGGAUACAGCUUUGUUGCGGGUUCUGACGGCUACCUGUACGAGGGUCGCGGGUGGGAGUGGCAAGGUGCCCACACCAGAGGGCACAACUCCAAAGGCUACGGCGUGAGCUUCAUCGGCGACUUCACCUCUGUCCUCCCGGACGCCUCAGCGCUCGCCCUCGUCAGGGACAGCUUCAUCAAGUGCGCAGUGCAGGGGGCGCGCCUCGUCCCCGACUUCACCGUGCAUGGGCACCGGCAGAUCGUGAACACCUCCAGCCCCGGGGACGCGCUCUACUCCGAGAUAACGACGUGGAAGCACUUCAAGGAAGUCCAAGCACCAGGAAGAAAGCCCUUUGAAUUCGAAAAACAGAAUAAAAGUGUGUUCUCCUUCCACAUGGAUGACGUAAUCCGAAUCGUGGAGGACCUGGAGCGUUUGAGCCCAGAGCUGGAGAUCCUCGAUGCUGUGGAGCUCCUACGCUCAGCAGGACACUACGACAGCACGUACCUUCGACUCCUGCUGGGAGACGGGACGAGGAGCGACCGCAGGCCUGCGCCUUCAGAGCUGAGCCAGGAUCAAACACACUUCAUCAGUAGCCUCCUUCACCACAAGGUCUCGGGGGCCAGGGAGGGAGGGGUGGUCUUGACUCCAGAUGGCACUUCGGUGGCAGUCAGCCCUCUUCUCGUUGGCAUAGAGGCCGGGCUGAAACGGAAGAGGCUUGCCCUUGAAAGCGUAGACGUCCUGUAUGCAGCGUCCCUGGCGAAAAAUUUAGCCUUGUCCUUCAUCGGUCACCACAGGAGGCAGAACAGCGAGCGUCUGGGGCCGGACGGCUGCUGGGAUGACGUGAAGACGCCCUGGGUUUUUACCCUGAUGGGGGACCCUUCUCCAGCCACCGAUGCGCUUAUUAACGGAGCACUGGAUGGCGUGAUUUUGGGGGACCAGCUUUCGAAAAACGGCAAGCCCACCAUACUGAGUGCCCUGCUGAAGAGGUAUUAUCAGUACGGGGCUGAGGCAGCAGCAGGAAGCUCUCCUGGACUGCAGAGUCGUUUUAGACGAAGGAAUUUCGCAGCGCUGGUCAGUAUGCCGGUCCUGCAGGAACAGACAGUGAAGUCCCUUAUUCUGUACCAGGAGCUCAGCAGCCUGCCGCCCCUGAAAGACAUCGAGGGGAUCAUGAGAGAAGGGCUGCAGGAUUUCCAGCAGAGGUACCUUGACUGCCCCCCGGUGAUCCCACGAUGUAUGUGGGGGGCUCAGCCAUACCGGGGUACCCCCACAAACCUGACGCUGCCCCUGAGCUUCCUGUACAUCCACCACACUCACCAGCCAGCCCAGCCCUGCACAACCUUCAGCCAGUGCGCUGCCAACAUGAGGAGCAUGCAGCGCUUCCACCAGGAGGACCGCGGCUGGGACGACAUCGGAUACAGCUUCGUGGCGGGUUCUGACGGCUACCUGUACGAGGGUCGCGGGUGGGAGUGGCAAGGUGCCCACACCAGAGGGCACAACUCCAAAGGCUACGGCGUGAGCUUCAUCGGCGACUUCACCUCUGUCGCCCCGGACGCCUCCACGCUCGCCCUCGUCAGGGACAGCUUCACCAAGUGCGCGGUGCAGGGGGCGCGCCUCGUCCCCGACUUCACCGUGCACGGGCACCGGCAGGUCGUGAAGGGCACCUCCUGCCCCGGGGACGCGCUCUACUCCGACGUAAUGACGUGGAAGCACUUCAAGAUGAGCGGGGCGGGAAUUCGUGGCUGGCGGUUGGGCUCCGGGAAAUAUUCCAUGAGAAUUUAAGCCCUGGUUGCAGUGCUGAUCGUCAACUGGACCGCGAGCGUAGGGUUGAAACGCUCCACCAGGCCGUCACUCUGCGGGUGGAAGGGGGUCGUCCGCGUUUUGUGGAUCCCCAGCAGCCGGCACAUCUCCGAAAACACCUGGGAUUCAAUGUUCCACCCCAGGUCAUUGUGGAGCUCCUGGGGCACCCCGAAUCGUCUGAAGAACCCCUUCAGCAGUGCUUCAGACACUAUCCCCGCUUCCUGGUCGGGCAGCGCGUAGGCUUCAGGCCACUUAAUAAAGUAAUCGAGGGGAACCAGGACGAAUCGGUUCCCCCUGUCCGAGCGGCGGGAGGGGGUGGAGACGGGCCAAGGAUUUCGACCCCAAUACUCUCCAUUGGACCGCUGAUGGGAAACUGAUGGAGGGGGCGUACGACCGAUCCGAGGGUCCCUUGAGGGCGGUGUGGUUAUCUCAGCACAGACUGCAGUAAAGAUAAAGCAAUGUGGGCCGUGGUUACACAAAAAUAAAAGUGUGUACAACAAUUAGGGGUCUUGCUCUCUCACCAGUCCCAAACCAAAAGAGAACGUUUUCAGCGAGUCGCCCCCCUUAAAAAGCUUUUCCAUUACAGGUCUCUCCCUAUAACCAGGCUCCCCAUUGAUCCAAAACAGUCCUGCCGCUGACAUCACAGACGCAGUUACAGUUCGGGGGCUGCAGCGAGAGCAUGCAGGACCCCCAAGUUACCUGACCCACCUGGUUUCCCCAGUUCCGCCCAGCCGGCGUUACAGUAUUAUCACUUUCCGUUCAGGGGUAUUAUUACACAAGGUAUUUUGUAUGACGCACAGUAGUAUUAUUUUCGGCCUAUCGAUAUAUUACUGUAGAAAUAAUGCAUGCAAUGUAAUCCUGUGAUGUCGAUAGAAUCACUGGACAACGGUGAACUAUCAAUCAAAAAUGAAUGAAUGUCUAUGUCAGCUGACAACUUGAGAACUCUGAGUGUAAGCAAUUACCAGUGCAUCACAUAGCAACCGCCACGCCCACUUCCGGGUGUUUGAAAAAAAGUAUUUUAGUCGUUUGUGAAGAUCUUAUAUGUGAUUACAGUAUAUUAUAUCAU